AUAUCACUGACAAAAACGCGCGACAUCAACCGCAGUGGCCGCACUCGCGGAAUUAUUAUAAUAACGAGAACUAACUUAUUUUUUUUAAUAUUUUGCUACUAUAAAAGUUCAGUAGUAGUGUAAAUAUUGUGCAGAUAUUUUACAUAACGAUUUAAAUCACGUCGAGCUAAAGUUUAGGAGUGAUUUUGAAGUUUUCGUAAAGGAAAAAUGGGUGAACUUGGAAGGAAACUUGGCCUGGACGAGCUGUCUGGUGCAUCCUCGGGCAUCAUCAAAGCGAUAUUAGCAGAGUUUAUUGGUAACUUGCUACUGAACUUGUUCGGAUGCGGCGCGUGUGUGAACAUAGCGCAAGGUUCGACCGCAGCGCCUGAUAUUGUACUCAUUGCACUUGCGUUUGGAUUAUCAGUGUUUGCUAUUGUUUCUGCAAUCGGGCAUGUAUCAGGAGGCCAUGUGAACCCGGCGGUGACAGUGGGACUCGCGUCCGCCGGUCGCGUGAAGCCAGUCCGCGCGGUACUAUAUAUUAUCGCGCAGUGCGCAGGCGCAGCGGCCGGCUCAGGUCUGCUGAAGGCUUUCACGCCGGACAGGGCUGCGGGCUCACUCGGAGUCACAGGAUUGGGCACUGACGUUACGCCAUUACAAGGAUUCGGGAUUGAAUUCUUCCUCGGAUUUGUGCUUAUCUUCGUCGUUUGUGGUGUAUGUGAUCCCAACAAACCAGACAGCAAAGCGACUGCACCUCUAGCGAUAGGGUUAACGGUGACCCUUGGACAUCUGCUGGCUGUAGACUACACAGGCUCCGCUAUGAACCCCGCCCGCUCCUUCGGAUCCGCAAUCGUCGCCAAUGUUUGGAAUGACCACUGGGUGUACUGGGCUGGCCCGGUGGCCGGCGGCGUGGCAGCGGCGCUGCUCUACGUGCAUGGCUUCUCCGCCCCGCCCGCCGACAACAUCACCCCGCCCCGCUACAGGCCCGUCGCUGGAGACGACAAGGAGCUGAAGAGGUUGGACGGAAAAGGCGAGGAUAUGGCCUGAGAGCGAGCGACGCUAGCGCCGCCCGCGCCCUGCGGGAUCUCCGUGCCGAGCGACGUGCGCCCGCGCGUGCCUCCACUCACAACUCGCAACAGACUAUAUUAAAACAUUUUUAAUCUGUACGGUCCAAGCGACGAAAACAAUUACAACAAUACAAACUCUCAAAAUUUAUUUGACUUCAUUUUUUAAUCUAUCGUAUCUCUUACUACAAACUUAUCUGAUGAAGAAAAGCGAAUUUAAUAAAAUUUCUUAUUAAAAAAUGUUAUGUGUUUUAAGUUCACAUGUUACUGUUUUCGUAGCUUGGGUUGGCGUUUCUUAAUGAAUUUUUAUUAUGCACUAUAUUUGAUUAUACUCUGAUAUUGUGUCUCACCAUUUCUAUCUCAAAUUUCAAAUAUACCAGAACAAGUUUAAAUCUUCAUUGAUAAAGAUAAAUGUUAAUUUAAGGAAGCAAAAAAAUAAUAAUACACCUUGAUAUUAAUGUAGAAUUUGUGUUCAGUAAUUAUCAAAUGUACUGCCAAUGAAACCAUCCAAAUACUAACUUAUUUUAAUAUUUAUACUGGCCAAAAAAAGAAUAUUUUGUUCCAAUUAAAAUUUAAAAUAAAAAAAAAAGUUUAUGAACCUUUAUAAUUUCUACAUUUACGACGUUAAAAAGUUCUAUUAUACAAAAGAUAUAU